AUGUCCGUUGCGACGAUGCUACAGCCUGCAUCGAGAGCAUCCCGAGCCUCGUCCUCGUCCUCGUCCUCGUUUCAGCCCGUCGCCCGACAGAACACCAUGUCGACCCACGAUACUCGGUCGCUCCGCCAAUCCAAGCGGAUGUCGGUCACCGCGUUGUACCUGUCCAUGUCCGCCAAGGACAGGGACUUGGAGAUUUCUGAUGAUUUGGCACGAGCACAAAAGCACCUGCGCGAUUUGAAGAGCAAGAUUUCUUCGCAAUCCAAGAAGAACUUCGUCCUGGAGAAAGAUGUGCGAUACCUGGAUUCUCGGAUAGCGCUGCUGAUUCAAAAUCGGAUGGCUCAGGAGGAGCAAAAUGAAGUCGCCAGUCACCUCGACGAUGCGAUCGAUCCUCAAGAAGGGUUUUUCCCGAACGACGAUCGCACUCAGAAGUACGGCAACCUCCUUUUCCUCCUUCAGUCGGAGCCCCGCCACAUUGCUCACCUCUGCCGCCUGGUUACAAUGGCCGAAAUCGAUUCGCUCCUGCAGACCGUCAUGUUCACCAUCUACGGAAACCAGUACGAGAGUCGCGAGGAACACCUGCUGCUCACCAUGUUCCAAUCCGUCCUCACAUAUCAGUUUGACAAUACCCCGGAAUACUCGUCCCUGCUGCGCCAGAACACCCCGGUCUCGCGGAUGAUGACCACCUACACACGUCGUGGUCCCGGCCAGAGUUACUUGAAGCAGGUUUUGGCGGACCAGAUCAACUCGUUGAUCGAGCUGCGCGAUGUGGACUUGGAGAUUAACCCUCUGAAGGUCUAUGAGAGCAUGGUCAAGCAGAUUGAGGAGGAGACUGGUUCUUUGCCGGACUACCUGGCCCGGUCGGUGACCGCCGAGGAUGCAGCCGCAAAUGAACAGGUGCAGGCCAUCAUUGCGCCGCGUCUGAAGAUGUUGACGGACAUUGCAAAUGGCUUUCUCACCACCAUUAUCGAUUCCGUCCAUGAGACUCCCUACGGGCUCCGCUGGAUCUGCAAGCAGAUUCGCAGUCUUUCCCGCCGCAAGUAUCCCGACGCCCAGGACCAAACAAUCUGUACCCUGAUCGGUGGAUUCUUCUUCCUGCGAUUCAUCAACCCCGCCAUUGUCACCCCGCGCUCAUACAUGCUGAUCGACGCUACACCCACGGACAAACCCCGUCGGACCCUGACCCUGAUCGCCAAGAUGCUCCAGAAUCUGGCGAACAAGCCAUCCUACGCCAAAGAGCCCUACAUGGCGAGCCUACAGCCGUUCAUCGAGUCGAACAAAGACCGGGUAAACAAGUUCCUGCUCGACCUUUGUGAAGUGCAGGACUUCUAUGAGAGUCUGGAGAUGGACAACUACGUGGCCCUGUCGAAGCGAGACCUUGAACUGCAAAUCACUCUCAAUGAGAUGUACGCCAUGCAUAGCCUUUUGGAGAAGCACAGUUCGGUGCUCGCCCAGGACCAGUACUCGCACCUGUCCAUGCUCCUGCAGGAGCUAGGCACCGCACCAGCACAGUUGCCUCGCAAGGAGAACCGAACCAUCACAGUACCGCUGUUCAGCCGAUGGGAGACUGCUCUAGAUGACUUGACGGCGGCCCUCGACAUCACGCAGGAAGAAGUGUUUUUCAUGGAGGCCAAGUCUACUUUUGUCCAGAUCCUCCGGUCUCUACCUCACAACUCCUCAGUAGCCCGCCGGCCCCUUCGCCUGGAUCGCAUCGCCGAGGCUGCCGCCACACUGAAGAACGACGCCGUGAUGGUCCGGAAGGGCAUCCGCUCCAUGGAACUGCUGAGUCAGCUGCAGGAUAUGGGCGUGAUUGACCGCUCCGAUGAAUUCAGCCUGCUCCGGGAUGAGGUGGAGCAGGAGUUGGUACACCUUGGUUCGCUGAAGGAAAAGGUUGUAGAGGAAACCGGACAGCUGGAGUCCGUGUUCGCCACCAUUCGCGAUCACAACACCUAUUUGGUCGGCCAGCUGGAGACCUACAAGUCCUAUCUUCAUAACGUGCGCAGCCAAUCAGAGGGCAAGUCGCGCAGUACUGCCAAAGAGCAGAAGAAACAGGAGUUGGGACCGUACAAAUUCACUCACCAGCAACUGGAGAAGGAGGGCGUCAUUCGUCGCAGCAACGUUCCAGAGAACCGGCGGGCCAAUAUCUACUUCAUGUUCAAGAGCCCAUUGCCGGGGACAUUUGUUAUCAGUCUACACUACAAAGGACGGGCUCGUGGACUGCUGGAACUCGAUCUUAAGCUUGAUGAUCUCCUUGAGAUGCAGAAGGACAACCUCGAGGACCUUGAUCUGGAGUAUGUCCAGUUCAACGUCUCGAAGGUGCUGACACUUCUGAACAAACGCUUUGCACGAAAGAAGGGCUGGUAA